AUGGAGUACACCGCCGCCGCCGCCGCCGCCGCCAAGCCUCAGCUCUCCUCCCGGGCCAACGCCUUCUCCAUCGCGGCGCUCAUGUCAAGCGGGACUUCCAAGGCGAAAGAGGGCGCCGAGAGCACCAUCAAGCCGCUGGAGCAAUUUGUGGAGAAGUCAUCUUGCUCUCAGCCUCUGAACGACUUGCCCAGUUUGGACACGCCUGGGGAUUUCAGCAGCAGUAGCAGCCCCUCCUCCCUCUGCACCGAACCCCUUAUCCCCACCACUCCCAUCAUCCCCAGUGAGGAGAUGGCCAAGAUCUCCUGCAGUCUGGAGACCAAAGAGCUUUGGGACAAAUUCCAUGACCUCGGCACUGAGAUGAUCAUCACUAAGUCGGGAAGAAGAAUGUUUCCAACCAUCCGGGUUUCCUUUUCGGGCGUGGAUCCAGAAGCUAAGUUCAUUGUGCUUAUGGAUAUUGUUCCAGUGGACAAUAAGAGAUACAGAUACGCCUACCACAGGUCUUCCUGGUUGGUUGCCGGCAAAGCCGACCCUCCUCUGCCUGCAAGGCUGUACGUGCAUCCGGAUUCUCCCUUUACAGGGGAACAAUUGUUGAAGCAGAUGGUGUCCUUUGAAAAAGUGAAGCUGACAAACAACGAGCUGGAUCAGCACGGCCAUAUAAUCUUGAAUUCAAUGCAUAAAUAUCAGCCCAGGGUGCACAUCAUCAAGAAGAAGGACCACACGGCUUCCUUGCUUAACUUGAAAUCUGAAGAAUUCAGGACAUUUAUAUUUCCAGAGACAGUGUUUACUGCUGUCACUGCUUACCAGAACCAAUUGAUAACCAAGCUGAAAAUUGACAGCAACCCUUUUGCAAAAGGAUUCAGGGACUCUUCCAGACUCACUGAUAUCGAGAGGGAAAGCGUAGAGAGCCUUAUUCAAAAGCAUUCCUAUGCACGAUCCCCCAUCAGAACCUAUGGAGGAGAGGAGGAAGUCCUAGGAGAUGAAAGCCAAGGGACACAAAGCAGAGGAUCAGCGUUUACCACAUCUGAUAAUUUGUCCCUCAGUUCCUGGGUCUCGUCAUCGUCUAGUUUUCCUGGAUUCCAGCAUCCACAGUCCUUGACUACUCUUGGUUCUGGCACUGCGUCCAUAGCCACACCGAUCCCUCACCCGAUCCAAGGAUCGCUGCCUCCGUACAGCCGCCUGGGGAUGCCCCUCACCCCUUCAGCCCUUGCCAGCUCAAUGCAGGCAAGCGGCCCGACAUUCCCUUCUUUCCACAUGCCUCGGUACCACCACUACUUUCAGCAAGGGCCUUAUGCAGCGAUCCAGGGACUGCGCCACUCCUCGGCAGUCAUGACGCCUUUUGUAUGA